UGAACAUUGAACACCACCAACUAAAUCAUGAAUGCGUCACCUGUAUUACACACUGCAUUAGCGACGAACCGCUCGGGGCUCGCGGAGAACUGGGUACAGUAAGGUACCUAAUUAAUGUAAUCUAGGUACCUACAUACAUACACUGCCAGACGGACCUUGGCCCGGCCUUUCUUUGCCUUGUUUCUCUUCCGGGCCGACUUUAGGCGGCGGCAUAACCGUGAGUGAUUAUGUAGGUAAUCUUUAACGAUAGUGAUAAUCACCGUGUCCUUCAUGGGACGAAAGGGCGAUGAAACCGAGCCAUAAAAUCAUACACUGACAACUUUGCCCAAGGUAAGUCACCCCACUGUCUCCUUUUUGUUUGGACCUAUUCUUGAAGACGCGCAACCUGCUCGCAGAAGCAAACCCUAUCACCAGAUAUGGUAACCCAUAGAAACGAAUAAGCCAAGACUUGGAAAGAGACCAUCUGCCAUUCGUAGGUAUGAUUCUUAUUAGGAUGCUCCAAAAUAUGGCUCGGAUUGCGAAAAACCCUUUCUUACCUACCAACCUAUUCACCCUGAUCUUCGAGAAGCUUUUGGCGGGGGUGGGAUAAUCUGGGGUGCCUUGAAAUACUCCGCACGUGACCUCUAACUCCAACUUGGAAUCUUCAAUCUCGUCUCGUGCAGUGCAUCAAGGAACCCCACGAACCAACCCAUUACCACUUCGAAUACUCAGGUACCUAUCAGAACCUCCGAUUUUUGACAUUAUUCAUCCCUCCCGACCCCAAAAAGAAGAUCCCUGACCAUGUCGUCUAUCGCUGAAAUCGAACAAGAGAAGAAGACAUACCAAGAACAAUUCGAUAUCGUUCUUGGUCAGCUACGCGAUGACCCCGAUAACGUCGAGCUCAAAGCUUUAAAGGACGAGUUGAACAGCUUCAUCGAUCUUCUCAAUGAACAAAUUGCUGAGCUCAAGCCUGCCCAGGCGCCCAAACCCGCCGCCAAAGAACCAUCACCGCCACCUCAACCCGAGAAAUGGUCUCGCGAGAACCAUCCAGCCUUUAAGAAAGCGGCUCCAGUGGAGGAAGAGAAGCAGGCUCCUGUAAACUACCAGGUCAACGACACAAUUCUAGCCAAGUGGGUUUCUGGUGACAAGGCUUUCUACCCAGCGCGCAUCACAUCUAUCACUGGAUCCUCAACAGACCCUAUCUACACCGUCAAGUUCAAGACCUACGAUAACACUGAGACCUUGCGAUCUCGCGAUAUUCGACCUGUUUCAAAUAAGCGAAAGGCGGAAGGCACGCCAACAACUUCCGCACCAGCCACACCUCCGGCCCCUGGGCUGGUUUCAUCAGCGGGCGCGACAGUAUAUCCGGAAGCGAAGAAGGCAGCCGAGCAAGAUGGUGAAGUGAAGCCUCCCAAGCCCAAGAAGAUAAAGGCCAAGAAGGAGCUCGAGAAAAACAAGAAUAAGUGGCAAGAAUUCAGCGCAAAGUCCAAGUUUGGAAAGAAUCAAAAGAAGGACAGCAUGUUCCGUACUCCAGACGGCGUCCAUGGUAGAGUUGGCUUCACAGGCUCUGGCCAGGCCAUGCGAAAAGACCCCACUCGAAGCCGUCAUGUCUAUCAAAUGAACGAUGAGCUAGACUAAUCACCUUUCUCUCUUGACAGGGCACUCGGUUCGAUACUCAAGAGCACACAGGGGGCGUUCGGGAAGUCUCAGAAGCUUAUUGCUUUGUUUGGUAACAUGCCUUGCAUUUGAUCACAGCAGAGGCUAACGACUUGUCUUUCUGGCGUUUAAUCCAGUUCUUCCUUUUCAGACUCAAGUAUAUAGGAGCGACGCGGUCUAUGUUGAUAGACUAGCCGGUGUUAAUCAAAUAAUGUUACAUGAGCACACAACACCUCUCCCCCUUGGCUUUGGGUGUUUUACUAAGUUGGGCUGACAGGAAUCAUUAUUGUACAAGUUGCCUGGCAGCCGAGUAGAAGAAGUUCGGUGACUAUUUACCGCUAAGAUCGAUUUUGGGGCAGAUAUCUUGUACUAUCUUCAAAAAGGCACUAGCCCUCUCACUCGUAGGUUCUGCAACUACUGUGGGUUUUCCUCUGUCCCCGUCAUCUCCAAUAUUGGGAUGCAAUGGGAUAUCACCUAAAAAGUCGAUCUGAUGCUCUUGGCAUAACUUUUCGACCCUUGCAUUGGAACCAAAGAUAUUGGUUGCUCCAUGACAAUGAGGGCAUGUGAACAAGGACAUGUUCUGUACCAGGCCAAGGAUAUUGACAUCAACUGUUUUGAACAUGUUGAUACCUUUGACAGCAUCUUUGGUGGCAAGAGUAUGAGGAGUUGUAACGAUGACAGAGCCUGGGGUUUGUUAGUAGAAACAAACGUGGCAUCUCAUAGAAACGCACCAUCUAAAAUGACCUGCUGUGUGAUGGUCAACUGUGUAUCUCCUGUACCUGGAGGAAGGUCUAGGACAAGAACAUCCAGACCGCCCCAUUCUACCUCAUGUAGAAGCUGCUGAAUAGCUUUCAUCACCAUGGGACCUCGCCAAACUACUGGUGCAUUCUCGCCAACUAGAUAGCCCAUGGACAUGGUCUUGACUCCAUAGUUUGUGAGAGGGAUGAGCUGGUUAUCUUUGUAAUGUCAGUACAUGCUCGGAGGACUAUGAGCUGUAGUGACUGACUACUUGAUAACCUCGGUUCUCCGGACAGGUCAAACAAGGUUGGAAUAGAUGGACCAAAGAUAUCAGUGUCCAGGAUCCCAGCACGAAAGCCAAGACGAGCGAAAGCCAGAGACAAAUUUGCUAGUUGCCUUUAUUAGAACAUCUCAAGACUCGGGAGACAUCUAUAGAUACCUGCAACUGUGCUUUUGCCUACACCACCUUUGGCAGAGGAUACUGCAAUGACUUUCUCGACACCUGUGAUUUUGCGACGGACCGGGCGUUUACCCCAGGUUGGCGGCGUUCCUGAUCGAGGGAGACCCUAGGAUAGUAUCAGUAAUACUCUAUCCUGAUAGAAAUUCGCACUCAAGAAGAUCACUCACUAAUGGAUUUUCAUGUUGCAGUGCCCGGAAGCACUGAAAGAGACGGGCCGAUGUUGGACGCAUACUGAGAGUACCCUAUUUAUGGCUUGAGAUGGGAUACAACUCGAGGUCUCGGUGUAAUAAGCUUGAACUCCUCAAUUCGGAGUUAUAGGGAGUUUUUGAAUGUCUAUAGUGUCUAAACAAGCAACAUAUUGAAUCGUCUA